CUAUAGUUUUCUUGGAACGGACGACGCAGCGAACAUCAUAACGUGGAAAGUUUCUGAACGUGGAGAACCUUAAUCCCCAACCCUUCCUCACCUUUGCUUGCCUGGGCACGGACGAAAGAUCCAAUUUGCCCAAAACAAAAAAGGACGAUCGUGACGAGAAUCAUAGCUCGCUCUGCCGUUCUGUCAAAAAGGAGACUAUCGAUACUAGUAGCUAGUUAGGAGAUCUACAAAUACCAGCAUGGCGUCGAUGGUUAUUGGUCUCAUCAAUUGUAUUAAUGAUGUGUUGCAUGUGGAGCCCAUUUCGAUAUUAGUCGACACAUUGUUUUGGCUGUUGGUCAUCCUGAUCGGAUACCCUUUGGCUGCUGUGGUUUACUUAUUUCGAAUGAUUUUUCAAGUCUUGGGCUGGUGCCUUGGUGGUGGUGGAAAAGUGGAUCCCCAUUCCUUUGAAGACAAAGAAUUUACAGUUUUUGUGACAGGCUGUGAUACCGGAUUUGGGCGAGAAGCAGUGCCAGUGCUGACUGCACGAGGCUUUACUGUUUUUUGUGGCUGUCUCCACAAGUCCUCAUUUCAAUAUUUUGAAGAUGACUCACUGGCCAUUCCUGUCCAGCUGGAUGUCACAAGUGACAAAAGUGUUGCCGAAGCAUACAAGGUUGUGGUGGCGUGGUUGGGUGCAGGAUCAAAGAAACAGCGACACUUCCAUGCUCUCGUCAACAAUGCAGGGAUCGUCCGUACAGGAUUAGUGGACUGGGUCAAAAUGUCUGAUUUCCAGGCUGCAAUGAAUGUAAACUUUUAUGGGGUUCUCCGAUGUGUCAAGGAGUUCAUGCCUCUGUUCAAGAAACAAGCUGCCGAAGGGACUUAUUCUGGUGCCCGGAUUGUCAACAUGAGCUCUAUUAUGGGCAUGUUUCCUGGGGGGAUCUGUGGAACACCUUAUGUGGCUUCCAAAUAUGCAGUGGAUUCAAUGACAGAAAAUCUACGUUUGGAGAUGAUGCCUUAUGGGGUGCGUGUAGUUUGCAUCAAUCCAUCCAUACACAAUACCACCUUGACAAGACCUGAUACUAUGGACGAAAGUAUAUGUCAAGUCUGGAAUGCUAUGUCGCCCAGUCUUCGGGAAGAUUAUGGAAAAAGCUGCCUGCAAGCUUUCCUAGACGGCUCCAAGGUUGUAGAAUAUAUUGGUUGGGAUUACAAACAUGUUGUGAGAGCUAUAGAAAAUGGUGUUGUUGAUAAUUAUCCUACAAGCCGAGAAUUGGUGGGGAUGGAUGCAAAAUAUGUCUUUUCGUUGUUGAGGAUGCUGCCAGCAGGAUUUGGUGUUCUCGGAGUCAAAGUCAAGCCAGCCUGCAUGCAGCGAUGAUGGGAAGCAACAGACCAGAUAGCCAGAAUGUGAAGCAGUAGGAAUGUCUUUUGGCACCCGUAUUAAAACUAAUAGCAGGUUAUUGCUUUC